AUGUAUUUCUCAAUCCUUCUAGCGCCCUUGAUCGCUAGCAUCGUCAGCGCGAUCGAAAUCGGCGAUGAUCUCAGCUUCCAGUUGGAUCUCAUCAAACAUCAACCAUGUAAUCGUGGACAAAACGCGAAAUGGACGAAGAAAUUGGAGUUUGAAUCAGGAACGGACAAAGUGGGCCCAAAGCUUGAACCUAUUCCUGACCGGCCUAACUGCUACACAAUAGGUGGACGGGUUGAUGUUUUGGAGGACUUUCGUGGAGAGUUCUCAAUCUAUCUCGAGUUACGUAACACUGCCAGUAAGAAGCAAGUGCCAGAAAGCUGUGUGAAACAGGGCGCCGAUGGAUGUGGCGGUUUCGGAUCA